UACUAGAAAAACUUAAUGUAUGAUGUUAUCAAACAUCUUGGAUGUUCCUGGAACCAGAAAAUGGAUCGGUUUGUAUGGGCUUCUUCAAAUAAAUUAGAAGAUGUGGAAAGAGUUUUAGCCCAUAUUACUGGUGUACGAAUUUAUGACGGUGAAAACAAGACUCAUUUUGAUAAUGGCAGUUUAAUGCUGACAAACUUUAGACUAAUUUGGGAUGACACCAAUCAACAGGACAGAACCAUUGCAUUACCAUUGGCUCUUGUUGUCAAAUUAGAGGAAGAGAGUGCUGGAUUAUUUAGAAGUGCAAAAACAUUGGUCUUCUUGCAUAGAGCACCUGAUGGAAGAGAACCUGGUCCUGCAUUCUCAAGUCCAAACAAUCAUGUGAAAUUAUCCUUUAGGUCUGGGGGACAAUCAGAGUUUCAUCAAGCCUUUCUAAGUGCAAUCAGUAAGAAGGAGUGGAACAGCUUGCCAAAAAGCCAGCAGAAAAGUGGACCACAAACAUCUGCAGUGCAACAUAAGCAUGCUGGCAUUGGUGGUAUUCAAAGAAAGAUGGAGGAGAAGUAUCGGGACACAGACCAGUCGAUAAAUAAGGCUUUUAAAGAUCUGGAUGCGUUGAUGGAAAAGGCAAAGGAAAUGGUUGAUAUAGCUGAGAAAUUUUGUUCAAAACUGCAAGAUAAGCAGGUUUCAAUUACUGAUGAUGAGACUGUAGAAUUCAAGUCAUACCUCUUAAGCAUGGGCAUUGCCAACCCAGUCACACGAGAAACACAUGGAACAGGUGUCACUUAUCACGAAGAGCUGGCCAAACAACUAGCAUCAUUUUUAAAAGAUGUCAUAGAGAAAGAAGGUGGAGUGAUGACUCUAACAGAAGUUUACUGCAGGUUCAACAGAGCAAGGGGGAUGGAGCUUGUAUCACCAGAAGAUCUAGUUAACGCAGCGAAGCAAUUUGAAAGGCUCAAAAUACCUUUAAGGUUUCAUCAGUUUGAAAGCGGUGUUCUCGUGAUUCAGUCAUCCCUCUUGUCAGAAGCUGAUAUUUUGAAGUCGACGACAGAAAUGGUUGAGAUGUCUGCUUCGCUCACGUCCGAGGAAUUUGCCCAAAAAACGAAAGUUGCUGUUGCAUUGGCCAAAGAGAGGCUUCUGAGUGCUGAAAAAGCUGGGAAACUGUGCAGGGAUGAUUCACUAGAAGGCCUCAGGUUCUACCCAAACAAGUUCCUUAUUGCUUGAUGAUACUGCUACAAGAUCGCCAAAUGGAAUCGAACAUUACCAAAACUGCAAUGUCACGUUGUCAAUCAAUUUAAAUUUCUAUUUAAUUACUUGUAAACUUUCUCAAUUAAAAAUAUAUGGGUUUUAUAUAAGGCUUUUUUCUACACUGUUGGACCUAAAUAUUGUAUGUUGAGCCAUUCUGUGAUAUGGAAAGCAUCUGUAUCACAAAUCCCGUUUUUUGCAGACCAAAAUUGAGAUUCAUACGGUAUUUCCAAGAAGGGUUAUGGCGUCAUAAAGAUAAAAUUAUAGUGUCUUAAAUUUACUGUUUGGUGAUUUAUUAACGGGAUACAUUUGUUUGAUUCUUCCCCCACCUUUUCCGAAAAUUCAGGGAACAUUUUGACUCCACCUCACUGUUUUCGCACUUUAACAAGGCAAAAGAGAAUAUUUUAUUUCAUUUUAUUUUGUGUGUGGCUCUAGGUCAAGUGUGAUUAUUCAUAUCGAAAAGGUCUACUCCAGGGGUACCCAAACGUUGCAUACCACUGACCCCUGAAAUGGUCCUUGAUUACCCUCCCCCCAUUACCCCCUUCCCCCGCCACAGGGCUUGUGCAAAAACAUCGGUGAUAUUUAGCAACAUGUGCAGCUUCAAUUUAGAUCUCUUUUUAUUAUGAGCCUGUUUAUUACGAGUUGCUGUUUGGCAAGAUUGUGCGCAGAAAAAACAACACUUAUUUGGUGGUAUAAAAUAUUGAACCGUUAAAAGCCUUGAGAAAGACUACUGAAUCUUUGUAAAAGUAAUUCCUCUGAUACAAUCAUAAGCUAACAACAGUUUAUCAAAGAUUUGUUGACUUGCUUUUCCGUUGAUCAUCGCAAAUUUUCAGAAAACAAAUGUUAAUCAUAACAGUAUGAAAAUGGUCCAGUUAGGGAAUUUUUACUGCUUGAUUCUCUUGCAAGUGCUAAGAAUGCACCCGGCAAAUUUCUUUGCACAAGCUUUCAUCUCUUUCUUGUCGCCCCAAGCUCUCCAUCUGCACAUCUUGGCCCCAAAAAUGCACUAAAAGGAACAAAAAAAUUUCAAAGAGUGUUGGAAAGAUUGAAAUAGAGAUAUCUGGGCGUUAACAGGCAUUUCAACAUGAAUUAAUGGUCCGACUGUGUUUUUGAAACUGUGGAUCCCCCUGGACAGUGAGUUCUUUUAUGAUGCGGAACCAUUGGUAGGAGACGAACAAGGCAGACUCUCCUAAGAAGCGAGCCCUCUCAAUUCUUAGCGUCAGCGCAUGCGCAGUAAUGAUUCAGUUUGAUGGCAUUUAAAUACCGUAAAUCCUCGAAUUAGCCCCCUGGGGGCUUAUUUAUUUUUGAUAUUUUUGGACGGGGGCUUAUUCGAGAGGGGAGCUUAGACGAGGGGGAGGGGGCUUAUAGAAUUAUUGUAGACAACAAGAAGACAUUAUUAAAGGCCUUGUUUAUUUUAGUAGAAAUUUCUUUACGAGCAUUUAAUUAAUUACUACCAGAAGUACGAAUUUGUCGUGGUAAUUCAAUAUAGCGCCAUAAGAAACCUCAGAUGGCAAAAACCGUCAAAUUGAGGGGUCCAAUUCGAGAAUAUAUGGUAGCGGUGGGGGCUUAUUCGAGGGGGGGGGCUUAUUAACAGUUUGUAGUUUUAGAGUGGGGGCUUUUUCGAGGGGAGGGCUUUUUCGAGGGGGGGGGGGCCAAUUCACGGUAUAACAUUUAUGUGAAUAAAAUGCUCACCCUUGUAAAUGGUCCGCGGUGACGGCGACGUUGAGGUCCUUUGUGACGUCGAUUGGCGGCAAUCUUAUACCCAAUGGUUGUUUUCACUUUCGUUACCAAUUUUCUGCCAAAAUUACGCAGUUUGCCCCAGGUUGCUGUAAGGGACCAUGAUGGUUUUCUUCUUUGGAACUUAUUUGCAUACAUUUUGCCCAUCCUCUUAAAUUUCCCUGCAAACUUCU